CUGCUCCAAGUAAGUAGCUUCUUUCCUGGUAAAUUAUUGCCAAGCUCUAGCUUAUUUCAGAGUCUUAACACAAAAUGAUCCUUCAGAAUGGUCUGAUUCCCUCUUGCUGCUCCCUAGUUCUUACAUACUUUUAGUCUUUCCUUUCUAAAAAAUCUGCUCUUCUUCAUCUUUCUUGAAUCCUGAGCACAAUGGCUGACAUUGUGUCGGCUAUUAGUGGAGUGGCUCAAUGUAUUUCACCAGCUUUUAAUUUCUUGCCUGAACAUGUGGGUUACAUUUCCAAGUUUGAUAGUAAUCUUAACGAGUUGAGGAAUGCUUUAAUGAAUCUUGAAGCAAAAAGAAAUGAUGUGGUGCGCAAGGUUGAGGAUGAAGAACUCAGGGGUAUGGUACCGCUAGAUGAAGUGCAAAGGUGGCUUUUAAAUUCCCAUUACAAAAUAUACGACGCCAAGGAGCUGGUUGCUGGCGCUUCCACUGUACAGCAAAGGCGGUUAACAACUGGGUGUUGUUCCAGCAACAUCACUUCAACCUACCGCUGUGGCAAAAAGAUUCCCAAGAUGUUGAGUGAAGUUCAACAACUCUAUAAUCAACAAGUUUCCCAAGGGCUGACUAGGCAAGCUACUCUCCCUGUGGUAGUGGAAGAACCUACCCAGCAAAUAGUUGGUCUUGACACAAAACUUGCUAGCACAUGGAGACUUCUUAUGGACGAAGGUACUAGAAUGUUGGGUCUUUGUGGUAUGGGGGGAGUGGGUAAAACUACACUCCUCACCCUAAUUAACAACGAGUUCAGUAAAUUCAAGGAUAUGUUUGAUGUUGUCAUUUGGGUUGACGUGUCUAAAGAUGUAGAUAUCUUGAAGAUUCAAGAUGAUAUCGGGAAAAGGUUAGGCCUCUAUGAUGAGAAAUGGUGCAAGGAAACACAAAGGGAGAAAAGCCUUAGUAUACGAAGGGUUCUAAAAGAAAAGAAACCCCGAUUUGUUCUGUUAUUAGAUGGCUUAUGGGAGAAAGUGAGUUUAUCAGCCAUUGGAGUUCCAUUGUUGGGGAAACAAUACAAAAUAGUGUAUACCACUUGCGAGAAGUGUUAUGACUCACCCCUUGCACUUCAAGUCAUUGGAAAGUGUUUGUCAUCUAAAACGACUGAAGAUGAAUGGCGUGAUGUACUCAAUGAUUUGGUUCAUUCUCCAGAUCAGUUGCAAGGUAUGGAGGAGAACAUGUUUGGUGUUUUAAAAGUAAGCUAUGAUAAUUUGAAAGAGGAGGACGAACGGUCGUGUUUCCUGUACUGUGCUUUAUUUCCCAUGGCAUACAGUAUCCACCAAGAUGAGCUGGUCGAGUACUGGAUAGGUGAGGGGAUCAUUGAGGUAAGACGCGGAAGAGACAGAGCAAAGAAACGAGGUGUUCAGAUAAUCGAAACACUUGUUGGGGCAGGUUUGCUGUUGAAGGAUGAAGAGUGUAAACAGAAAGUCUAUAUGCACAAUAUGAUCCGUGACAUGGCCUUGUGGAUAGUAUCUGAAAUCAGGGAUGGAAAAAUGUUUCUUGUGAAAACAGAUGCUGGGCUGAGUACUCUGCCGUACGUCACGGAUUGGACAAUCGUGUCAAAGAUGUCUCUGAUGAACAAUAAGAUUGCCAGCAUCGCCGACUCUACUGCUUUAUUUCCCAAUCCGGAUCGUCUUGUCACCUUGUUCCUUCAAAACAAUGAGUUGGUGAAUAUUGUUGGUCGAUUCUUCCAGGUCAUCUCGACUCUUGUGGUUUUGGAUCUGUCUCACAACCCUGGCAUCCUUGAGUUGCCUAAUGAUAUUUCAAGGUUGGUAUCUUUGCGGUAUCUCAACUUGUCAGGGACGAGGAUAAACAAUUUGCUAGGUAUAGAGGAGUUGUCCCAACUGAUCCACUUGGAUUUGGAGUCCACGUCCAAUCUACGAGAUAUCAGUUUGAUCUCAGGAUUACAAAGGUUGCAGGUUUUGAGAUUUUAUGGCUCUAAAGCUUCUUUAGAUCUCCCCUUACUUGAGCAUUUGAAGAGCCUGGGGGCUUUAGAACUUUUGACCAUUACUGUGGGAAAAGAGGAUGUUUUGGAAGCUUUCUUAGGAAGCGAAUUGGCAGGUGUCACACGAGGUAUAUAUCUCGAAGGACUCAAAGUAUCAGGAGCAUCAUUUGCAGCCACAUUAGGGAAGUUGAGUAGUCUUUCCAAACUUGGACUUACAGAGUGCGACAUCACAGAGUCAGAGAUGGGAUUGGAAGACAACAGAAGGAACCAGUGUUCAUCUUCAUCUCCACCUCCAUCUCCAUCCAAUCAAAUAACUCCAAGCAAUACAUGGUUCAAGAACCUCUCAGCUGUGGUACUACUCUCAUGCAAACAUAUAAAGGAUUUGACAUGGCUGAUAUAUGCUGCAAAUCUUGAGGCUUUAAGCAUCACAGUGUCACCUAAGAUGGAAGAAUUAAUAAGCCAAGAGAAAGCUGCUGGUGUUGGGGCUGAGCCUUUUCGUAGGCUACAAGUUCUUGAUUUACGUUAUUUGGAUGAACUGAAGAGCAUCUAUUUCAAUCCUCUCUCUUUUCCAAGUCUACAUAAAGUCCACAUAACACACUGCCCCAAGCUACGUAAGCUCCCGUUAGAUUCCACGAGUGUAACGAAAAUUGAUGACCUUAUCAUAGAAAUGGAUGACGGAUGGACUGAUAGAAUUGUAUGGGAGAAUGGAGCCGAAGAUCGGUUUCCUCCUGUCAUCCGCACAGCUUCUGUUUCUCAGAUUGAUCCGGUGUAGGAAUGUUGCGACAAACAGACAUCAGUGGAUGCAACUCGAAGAUCCUUAUUUUGUUCUUUCUCUUACGGUAAACCUGUUUCUAAGUCUUUCUUUUCAAAUGGGUGUUCUGUAAAAGGGACUUCUGCUUUUGAGUAUAAUAUGUGUGAUUGAAACAUUUUAUUAUUGGUUCGUUUUCUGUUACCAAGUUUCCUAGUAUUUGGAGUGAGAUGUUUCUGUA